AAUAUGGCGGAUCCGGAAGGAGAGUCGCUGGAAUCCUGGCUUAACAAAGCCACAAAUCCUUCAAACAGACAGGAAGACUGGGAGUACAUUAUUGGAUUUUGUGACCAAAUCAAUAAGGAACUUGAAGGUCCACAAAUAGCGGUAAGAUUAUUAGCACAUAAAAUCCAGUCACCUCAGGAAUGGGAGGCAGUCCAAGCACUGACGGUUUUGGAAGCUUGCAUGAAGAACUGUGGAAGACGAUUUCAUAAUGAAGUUGGAAAAUUUAGGUUUUUAAAUGAAUUAAUCAAAGUGGUUUCACCUAAGUAUUUGGGAGACAGAGUGUCGGAGAAGGUGAAAACAAAAGUGAUAGAACUGCUUUUCAGUUGGUCCGUUGCGUUACCUGACGAAGCCAAGAUUACUGAGGCAUAUCAAAUGCUUAAGAGGCAAGGCAUUGUCACAGUGGAUCCUGAGGUUCCCGCUGACAAGACGUUGAUCCCUUCCCCUGCACGCCCCAAGAAUCCAGCAUUUGAAAAUGAGGAGAAAAACAAGCGUCUGGCAGAACUCCUGAAGAGCAAGAAGCCGGAGGACCUGCAGGAGGCCAACCGCAUCAUAAAGAGCAUGGUGAAGGAGGACGAGGUCAGAAUGCAGAAAGAAUCCAAACGUGUCGGCAUCUUGGAGGAGGCGAACAACAGCGUCAAGCUCUUGAACGAGAUGCUCAGCCACUUCAGCAAAGAUGAGUCGACACAAGCAGAUAAAGAGUUAAUCAAGGACCUGUAUAAUGACUGUGACAAGCUAAGGACCGCGGUCUUCAAGCUGGCUACCGAAACAGAGGACAAUGACAGCAGUUUAGGUGACAUUCUUCAGGCUAGCGAUGAUCUCUCUCGUGUCAUCAACUCUUACAAGAAGAUAGUUGAAGGACAGAAUAUCAAUGGUGGCACUCCUGGAUCAUCAAGCUCAGAAUGCACCAAUGACAAGAACAGUUCAGAGAUUUUGAUAGACUUGACCGGUCUAGAUGCUCAGAGCCCGUCGCCAUCCGAGCACCGCCCGCCUUCGCCUCCACGUUCUGACUCCAUCCCUGCCGAUCUCUUCAUGGGACCCCAGAUACCGGUUCUCCCCCCUCCAACAGUCACGCCAUCUUCAGGGCAAACAGGUGGUCAGAGCAGUGAAAGAACCAGCCCUAAUCAGCCAGCUCCCCACCCUCCCUCCACCUCCUUCUCCCUCCUGGAUGAGGAGCUUCUUUCACUAGGCUUAAGCGACCAGUUUUCUUUGAGCAGUCAAACAGAAGUCAAACAAAAGAAAGACGAUGUCAACAGACAGUGGACAUCUUUACAGGCUUCCGAUCCAGCAUUUGAUCUUCUUGGCAGCUCAUCCCUGUUAGAGCCUGUUGCUUCCAAUGCUCCGGCCUCCUCUGAGUCUACCUCAAAAACAGAGUCUGUGCCCUACCAGGAAACUCCUGGGGCAGCCUCCCUCCCCUUUCCCAGAGCCGCUCAGUCACUCUCAGCCUCUCUUAACCAGGAUCUGCAAGAUCUCGCCUUGCUCGAUCUCGGAAAUCCGGACAGUGCGCCAGGUCUUAUGGGCUCGGGCAGUUUGUUUGCGAUGGGCGAGGGCGGUGUCUCUGCGACGUCGUCCGCUGCUCCACCACCGCCUGCUGUGCCCUCUGUCAAGGCACCACCAGCUGGCGGUUUCCACCCUGACAGCCCAGUUUUCCGUUCUCUCUCGCCCGUCCUCUCCGGAGCUCAGUCGGGCUCACCUGCAAGUUCGGAGAUCUCCUUGGCCAACCUCUUCGUCCCACUGGAGACCAUCAAACCUAGUAAAAUUUGUCCAGUGACGGCGUACGAUAAGGACGGAGUGCGAGUCCUCCUGCACUUUGCCACCGAGUGCCCGCCGGGUCGUCCUGAUGUCCUGGUUGUGGUGGUGUCCAUGCUCAAUACAGCGCCGCUCCCUGUGAAGAACGUCCUUCUACAGGCCGCUGUGCCAAAGUCGAUGAAACUGAAGCUUCAGCCUCCUUCUGGGACAGAGCUGGUGCCAUUCAACCCUAUCCUGCCCCCUAGUGCCAUCACUCAAGUCAUGCUGCUGGCCAAUCCACUCAAGGAAAAAGUCCGGAUGCGAUAUAAGAUGACGUUCACUCUGGGAGAGCGGCAGUGCACAGACGUGGGGGAGUUGGACAAUUUCCCACCAGUAGAAAAUUGGGGUUGUCUUUAGCUCUUGAUAUUCUCAAUGUGCUGUUCUGGAAGGUUCUAUGCUUCAUAGGCCGGACAGGGAGAACCUGGUGUAUGUUACAGUAGUGUUGUGUGUGAGAAUUCACAAGUGGCUCUCUCUGCUGUUGAGUGGUGAAAAAUUCCAGUGAGGUAAAUCAGCUGAGAGGGCCUCUAAGAAAAAGAGCGAGUGAAAGAAUAUCUUAAAAAUGUAGGCCAGAAAGUGCUAUUAACGUCUCAUUGUCCGUAAAUGUCUCAUUGUGAACUGGUUCCUCAGCAUUUUUUGUGAACAUGCUCGUCGGCCACUACUGGCCCAGACUGCUGUCUGAUAAGAGAGUUACAUUAAAAUGGUUUACCUCUUUAGCCUAAGGCCCAGAACAAUGGAAGGCCUUACAAUGAUUGCUUAUGUGGAAUAUCAGAAUACAGGAUGAACAGAAAACAUAGCUUAGGCUGACAAAGAGGUGAAACCAAAACCAAACUGCUGCCUCGCGGUUUUUGCCUGCUUUUAUUUAUUUUUAUU